CCCCUAAGAAACAGGAAACCGGAAGUUUGAACUAUCUCGACCAAAACAAAAACAAUCCCCUCGAAGGUUGGUUCGUUCGUCCUGAGGGGGCUCAAUUAUGUCCUCAGUGUCGAGCGGGUUCGGUAGUAAGAAGUGCCUCCUGGUUCCGGACCCAGAACCGAGUCUCGCGGUGUUUUCUCCUCCGUGUUUCACGUUUUCUGUCUGCUAGCUUAGCCGCUCCAUGGCGUCCUCCGCGGGGCUGCCCCCGCGCGGGCCGGACCGCACGCCGUCCUGCGGCGGGGCUAAGCCGCCUCUGCCGCGGCAGCACGCUCCGCCGGCGCCCUGCGCCCCGGGAGGAGUGAUGGUGGAGUCCGUGGACGACGCGGAGGGUCUGUUCGUGGCCGUGGAGCGGUGUCCUCUGUGCGCCACGUCCCGCCGCAGGCUGACGUGCGCGCGCUGCGUGCAGGCCGGAGACUUUGUUUACUUUGACGCGAGAAACACAGAAAGAUACUCGGAGAAGCUGGACCGCCUGACAAAGCUGAGGCAGGAGAAGGAGGAGCUGCAGAGGAGUGUCCUUCAGGUGAUGGAUGGGAGGCUGCAGGCCGAUGAGGUGAAAUGGAAGAUCAUGUUGUGCAAGAUAAAGAUCGAGCAGCUAAAGGAAGCAGUUGCCUGGGGCAACGAGGAGGUGAAGAACGAUAAGGAGCUCCUCCUGCGCUCCCAGGAGGAGGCCCAACGGCUGCAGCGCCGGGCCGGGCGCCACCAGGAGAAAAGGGAUAAAAUCGAGCGGCACAACCGGCGCCUGGGGGAGCUGCUGGAGCGACGCACCCGAGAGCUGCAGAACAAACUGAGCCAGCUGGCGGCUCUGAGGCGCGAGCACAUCCUGGAGCUCACCUCCCGCAUCUUCCCCAUGCAGGAGGAGAAGCAGGGCAGCAGAGACCCCGCCGACGUGACAACCGACUCUGACCCGGCGCUCACGUCCAGCACCGUGACGGAGCUGGCCGAGGCCCGCAGGACCACCUACCUGUCCGGGCGCUGGAUUUGGGACGACCAGAACGGCGAGACGAGCAUCAGCAUCACCGGUCCCCCCGUUACCUUACCCAGCAACGGAGACUGCUCUGCCUAUUACAGCUGGGUGGAGGAGAAGAGCACCAAUCAGGGGCCAGAGCUGGACCACAUAAACCCCGCCCACACCAUCAGCGCCGCUCUGUGCUACGCCACGCAGCUCGUCAGCAUCCUGUCCCACAUCCUGGACGUCAACCUUCCCAAGAGACUCUGCAACAGCGAGUUCUGUGGAGAGAACCUCAGCCGGUACCGCUUCACCAGAUCCCUGAACAAGCUCAACACCAACAUCCUUCACCUCUGCUUCUCUCAGCAUGUGGACAGCGAUAAGCUCCACCCACAUCACACCCUCAGGAACAUCAUGUUUCUGGUGGACCCUGACAACGACAGCCUGGGCAGGACCGGUCCGUUUGAAGUGAGCGCAGACCUGGAGGAGUCGAUGGAGUUCGUGGAGCCGGAGGCGGCUGGUCCAGCAGAGGAAAGCGGGGACGAGGCGGUGUCUGACGAGGAGACGGACCUUGGUACCGACUGGGAGACCGUACCCAGUCCGCGGUUCUGCGACAUCCCAUCCCAGUCAAUGGAUCUUUCCCAGAGUGCACUGCAGGUUUCGCAGCCCUCUGCUAACACCGGCGGGAUGAUCUCAUCUGCUGCUGCCUCCGUCACCUCCUGGUUCAGGGCGUACACCGGCCAGCGCUGACCCGGGUCCGCGGGGGUCAGAGGUCACGGACACGGGUGGUCUCUUUUGCUGCUUCUGUAAAAAAAAAUAAAAACAAUCAGUUUGUAAGCUGACAGCGUCGCCGAGAUGCUCUUCAUCGUCACCUUCGUCUCUUUUGGAUGUAAAACGGAAUCGGGUGGUUACCACGGCGACGGGGGCCGCCUCUUCACAGACUGACUCUUAGUUUUAAGCCCCAGUACCAUACUGUACCGGACCAGAACUUUAAACCGCUUACAUCACAGAGUGGAGGCGGAGUCUGGGAGCUCAGCUGAACUUUUGGGGUUAAAAAUUGACAUGAAGCCACAUCCUGGUGUUCUUCUCAGCAUCCUGAAGAUACUUCCUCCAGCCAGUUCUGAACCGGACCUCCUCUCAUGUGCUCCAGCUUGUGUGCACACUAUCAAAUGUUCAAACUCUAAAAUGUUCAAAUCCAAUAAGAACCCAAAUCUAGUGUCAGCUUUUAUAAUAAACUGUGAUUCUGAGAAGAAUCGGAGGAAACGGGAGGUUUCAUGUGUCUGUGCUGCUCGGAGUUUCAGCUUUUGUGUAAAUCUCUGAUCGGAGCUCAGAGGAGUUUGUUUGACUUCUGCUUCAUUUUUCAUCAUUAAACGAAACUUCUGGGCUCCUGAA